CAAACAAAAGAGUUGACGUGGCCGGCCGGUUGUAUGACGACGUUUGGAACGGGAAAAAUAUACACGAAAAUUUCAUCACAUUCCUAUUUUAAUCACUUCUUAAACGCACAAAAUUGUCGCAAGAAAAAAGUAACGCGAAAAAAAAUCGAACUACAAUUUGCAUAGUCCAAACGCAGAAAAGAUGAGCUUAGUCUGGACUUUGAUCGCCGCCUUUCUCUACACAGAGAUUGUUGUGGUUUUGCUGCUGGUGCUGCCUUUGGCCAGUCCCAGAUCAUGGAAUCGCUUCUUCAAAUCGAAAUUUUUAGCCAUGUUGGCACAGCAGGCGCACAUAUAUUUCUUCCUAAUUAUGGGUGUACUGGUACUUUUCCUAUUGGAGGCCAUACGUGAGAUGCGCAAAUAUUCGGUGAACGAGCACACUGGUGACGUGCAUUUAAAUGUGGAGAUGCAGCACAGCAUGCGCCUAUUCCGUGCUCAGCGCAAUUUUUACAUCUCAGGAUUUUCCAUUUUCCUUGUACUGGUCAUUCGUCGUUUGGUCACACUAAUCUGUGCCCAGGCCAAUCUGUUGGCUCAGAGCGAGGCUUCCAUGAAGCAGGCCCAGAGCGCCACUGCUGCCGCACGCUCCUUGCUGGAGGAUAAGAAGACAGAGAAGGCCAAGGAGGCUGACGAGGACCAAACACUGAAUGAGCUCAACCAGCUGCGCGAGCGUGUCCAGCAGCUAACCGCCGAUUUGAAUCGUGAGAAGAAGGACAAGGAGGCAGUCAAGUCGCAAGCCGAAAGCUUGAAUCGCGAAUACGAUCGCCUCACCGAGGAGUACAGCAAACUGCAGAAGCAAAUCACCAUCGGGGGCUCCAACAGUAAGGAUGACUAAGUCCCGAACUAAAGGGGCUUAACCAACUGAUAACAAUGCAUAAGACUUUUAACGUGGCGGUGGGGCAAAGGCAGAAAACGAAAGAAUUUCACAGAUUAUAAAUCUAAAUCACCAUUUAGUGUCUGCACGCCUUCUGAUAACGGUUUGUUUAAUAUAAUGUUAGUCGUCGUUAUUCAAGUUAUAUUGUUUCUAUGGCAAAAAAAUGGCGAAUAUUUGUACUCUUCGUAUUAAUCUUUUGUUUGUCCAAACAAGCAACAAUUAAUUUCCUAAUAAAUAUAACACACAUAAAAUACUCAAAAACA